AUUCAGUCCUCCCCAGUGCCUGCAGCCCGAAAAUAAAUCAAAUAAAAUCGUCGUGAAUUUUUUGUUCGUUUCGCGCGUUUUCAAAUUCGAAUCAAGCUCUUUUUUUUCCAAGUUUUUAAAAAUAUUCACACACACACAUACAAAAUGAAGUACUUCAACAUCUGCCUGCUUUUCAUCAUCUGCGCACUGUGCUACGGCCUGGUUGCCGCCCAGGAGGAGGGUGCUGGCAACGUUUCGCCGGCAAAGAGAAUCGCUGCACUGCGUCGCCCCGUGGGCAAGGCGGCUAAGCCAACGACAACGACAACAGCGGCGCCGGCCAACGACGAUGGCGCCGAGGAGGAUGAGUAUAAUGAGGAGGGUGCCGGCGGCGCUGGCAGCCAGUACGGCGAUGAGCAGGAGGAGAGCGGCCCCAGCUCCACGACCACCACAACGGAGCCGCCCAAAAAGGUUGGCCCCGUCAUCCGUCCCUUCCGCUCCAACGAUGAUUUCCUCAAUUCGCUGAAGCGCCGCCAGCAGAACGCCAAGAAGCAUCGCAACGAGAAGCCGGCGGCCAGCAAGCCAGCUGCCAAGAAGACCGAGGAGGAGCCCGCUGACCAUGAUGAGGCUGCCAGCGCCCAGGCACCGGCACCGGCUGCACCCGCCGCUGGCCACGCCAAGGGCGGCUACAAGAGCAAUUCGGCACUCAAUCGUCGCAAGCCGUCGAAGCCAGUGAAGGCGGAGCCGGAGGUGGACACCGCUGCCGAGGAAUCGGAGCAGCAGCAGAAGGAAGAGGAGCCGAAGCUCAAGCGUCCGCUCAGCAGUCGUCUGGCCUUGAGGAAACGCAACUAAGCUAA